GAGGCUCGUCCACCGGGCCACAGUAACAAGGUCGGGCUCUCUGCAACGCCGGACCACGUGUGUAGGAAUAAGUUCGUUCCUGGAUCGCGAUCAUCUGCCACAAGAACAACAAGAACAUCGAACGAUCAAUCGAGAUAUUCACGAACGCCGACAAAACCUUAUUCGGGCUCGCCGCGUCCAAGCCCGCUUUCCAAGAAUAGCCCUCUCCGACCCAUUUAUCUUGAGAUGCAGGAAAACGAAAGCUCUGCAAAACCUCUUAUUAGUCAUAACGACAAGGGGACAACUACAACAAGAGGUACUACCUGCUUAUGCAGUGUGGAGUACUUGUAAUAGAAAAUAUAUUUUUCAGAUUGGACUUGGAAUUUUGUUUUAUCAAGAAUGCGAUAGUGAAUGCUAGAGGGAUUUUGCGCUUUUGUGGGUCUAGUUGUGUUAGAACGAAGAUACAGUUCGACAAAUUUUUUCAUUUGGCAUGAAGAGUUCAUUGAUGCAUGUUGUAGUUUUUGUUGAAUAUGCUAGAAUCAAUGAAUGUUCAUAUCGUUGUUCUUGCUGACAGAUCGCCACUUCGGAGCCAGGGCCGGGCGUCAGGACGAGUUCCGGACAACGAAUAGAAGAGACACAGACACAGUUUUUUCGAGGAAGCUGAAUGUUGGGUAUUCGGAUUUCUCCACGGUUAGCAGAAAUCAGAAUCAGAGGGUUCCCGGACCAGCGCAGACGAAAUCGUCGGAAAAACGAAGUCCUUCCGGUUUCUGGCAGUCCUUUCUCUAAGGCUGAACAAAACUUAAACUAUUUCAAGCAUAUCUGGGAUAAAUGGCAAGAAAGAGAUACGACUCAUUUUUUUAUUAUUUUGAUCGUGAGAUUGAUGAAUUCUUUGACACAGGUGGGACAUGUAUGGUGAAGUUCUUUUUCGCAGCUGCAAUGUUCAGCCGCUGUCGUGGUAAAUAGACUUUUUGACAACUUGUUAUGCGCUUCACCUCGAAGUCAUAGCAUCCCCGGAGCAUGCGCUGCGCAGGUUCGUACCUGCAGGAAGUCCCUUGUUGCCUAUGUAUACGUUAGGGCGUUGA